AUGGCAGACACCCCUCUUUUCCCUCUGGAGUCUUUUUGCUCAGUUCCCGGCGUCGCUCACGUUUGCGCUGCCGGGGAAUCGUUGCCUCUAAACGCGUACAACACGGCACUUGCAAAAUAUAUCAAUGACAAAUCUGGAGGCCAUACGGGUCGCCACGACCAGCUGCAGCACAUUGACGAUGUUAGAGCUGGGGUAUCUCAGGCAUGGAACGUCAGCGUUGAGGAAGUCGGGUUCGCACCAAGCGUUGCCGACGGCGUUUCGAUCAUUCUCGAGUCGUUGGAUUGGAAAGCUGGUGACAAUGUAUGUGUUCACGAGGACGAAUUCCCGAGCCUUGUGGGGCCGUUUGCUCUCAGAGGUCAGAAGGUUGAAAGGGAUGUGGCGAAAUACCCAGCAAUGCGCUAUCACAGUGACCGGAACUUGCAGGAUGUGGUGAACAGCAGAACCCGGUUAAUUGCCGUCAGCUAUGUUUCAUACUACGACGGGAGGCGCGUUGACCUCUCAUAUUAUCGACGAGUCGCGGAUUCAGUUGGCGCUAUCCUCCUAGUUGAUUUCACCCAAGCCGCCGGGUACACUCCGAUUGAUGCCAGAAUUGCCGACUUUGCAUUUUCGGCUUGCUUUAAAUUCUUACUAGGUACCAGCGGGGCUGCAAUUGCAUUCUGGAAUCAGAAAAGACUGCCGGAAUGGCGGCCGACUACGGCAGGAGGGUACUCUCUUGCUCUCGGAGAGCCUCGCCCAGACUGGGAAACGAACCCGCUAGCAAUUCGCAACGAUGCUAUGUGCUUCAGUUCCGGGAACCCUGCCCAUCUCGCUAUCUACAUCUUACGGGAAGCCUUACAAUUCCUCAAUCAAUGGGACCCUAUCGUCAUUGAGAGGCAUGUGCAAACCUUGACUACAUUGCUGCUCAGAAAGUUACACCAGGAAGGCAUUCCGUCUUCUACGCCGCUUGAGAAAGCACGACAUGGCGCCAGCAUCACCGUCACUUGUGAAGGAUCUUCUGAGAUUGUGGACGGGAUGAGAAGCGUGGGUGUGUACGCGUGGAAUGGUCUUGGGAGAGUGCGAUUUAGCUUCCAUGGCUAUAACCGCGCUGCGGAUGUUGAUCGGAUCAUGGAAGUAUUUCCUGCUCUUUAUAGAAAGCGAAACGCGGGAACUUUCAAUGGUUAA